GAAAACAGCCGUAUACAGUGGGCAGGUUUGACAGGCACCGGAGCGAGGAUUUUGUGUGGCUGGCUUUGAGUAUUCUGAUCCCGUACACCCCGACAGUAAGUCGUAUAUGAAAUUUGAUGCGUGGAUCUUAUGUAUAGAAAAGGAAAUAUUCUACUAAGUAAUGUCAGUAUUGAUGCUUUUGGAUACCUAUCUUUAUUUACUCACUUCUAGGCGGUGCAAUUGGAGGAGCCCAAAUUUCAGGUUUCUAUAUUGUUAUAGUAAUCAAGUUCACGUUUUUCCAAGGCUCUUCCUUUCUUCCCAGCAACACAAACCACUUUGCAACAAAGCUGGGGAAAGAACAGUUAUUACCAAACACCUGUCUGGAGACUUUUCAAGAAUUUCUAAACUAAGCACUACUACUUCAAAGGGACUAACAAUAGCAAAGAAGUCUAUGUCACGAAUUAAGAACACUUUUGACUCUGUCUCCAAGGCUGUCUCCAGCACACAUAACGAGUUAAUAUCGCGUAUUGUACGUCCCAAGCCAAAUCCGGCCAGUGGGGGUAAAGAAGAAAAUGCCCAGGUAGACCAGAGUGAUGCACCACAGCCUGAUCUCCCUUGUCCAAAAGCUCAGGAAAACGUCCAAGAAAAGCUUAUUGCGUCGGAUCCAAAAAAUACUGCACAGUCAAAGCCCUGUCUCGAACAGGACGUUUCUCAGGACCCUACAAAAGAGAGCACUGAUCCAAAAACAAACCUGUUCCAUGCAAACUACUUUGCUAGUAGCUUCGGGGAGACCUACAACUUUGUAGCUAAUCACAUAAACUGGUAUUACUUUGGUGAAACAAGUAUGGAGAAGAAUAAAAUUACACAGGAACCUAGUGUAGCUUCCAACAAAGAAGGCAUUACUUCAGGGGUAGCUGUUGAAGAGUGCGCCCCACCUUCCCCAAAGAGGAGCAUCUCAAACUUUUUAAGCAACCAAUCAAAUAAUGUCCAUGCUUUUGUGGGAAGCUACUUAGGCGGGUUGGUGCCAAAGCUGAGAUCCGAACCAAAAAGCAGCAUUUUAGACGAGAACGGAAAAGAGCUAGAAUGUAAUGCAUCUGAGAACAAAGCGGAACAAGAUGCAGCGAAAGAAAACAAGGGAGCAGAUGAGAGGGCAAAGAGACUGUCUUUACAGAGGGAAAAGAUUAUUGCCCGGGUGAGUGUUGAUAACCGGACCAGAGCUUUAGUGCAGUCCCUGCAUAGAGCCACCGACCGUCGUCUGUGUAUCAGCCGGGUGGAAGAGUUGAGUUGUCACCUUCUAGAGUUCCCUGAAACCAGAGGCGUUGCUGUAAAGGAACGAGUGAUUCCUAGUUUGUUGCGACUUCGACAAGCUCACGAUGAAACCCUUCAGGCUGUUGUGAGAGAAGCUCUAGCCUUGGUCGGUUAUAAUGACCCUGUGAAGGGAAGAGGGAUUCGAGUUCUAACCAUUGAUGGAGGGGGAACUAGAGGAAUUGUAGCUCUACAGACUCUUCAUAAACUGGAAGAAUUAACUGGAAAACCUAUUCAUCACCUUUUUGAUUAUAUUUGUGGCGUUAGCACAGGUGCUAUUCUUGGAUUUAUGUUGGGACUGUUUCGUAUUCCACUUGAUGAGUGUGAAGAGCUGUAUCGUAACUUGGGAAAGGAUGUGUUCAAACAGAACGUUAUUCUUGGAACUGUUAAAAUGGGCUGGAACCAUGCCUACUAUGACAGUGAGAUAUGGGAGAAAAUGCUAAAGGAAAGAAUGGGUUCGGAUCUUUUAAUUGAGACAGCGAGAAAUCCUUUGUGCCCUAAAGUUUCGGCAGUGAGCACUAUUGUGAACAGAGGAUUACCGCUAAAAGCAUAUGUUUUCAGGAACUACAACCAUUUCCCAGGUGUUAAGUCCCAUUACAUGGGAGGAUGUCAGUAUAAUCUAUGGCAAGCUAUAAGAGCUUCCUCUGCUGCUCCUGGAUACUUCCAGGAAUAUGUUCUAGGAAACGACUUGCACCAGGACGGGGGUUUACUUAUAAAUAACCCAUCUGCACUGGCACUUCAUGAAUGUAAGUGUCUUUGGCCAAAUGUGCCGCUGCAAUGUGUGGUGUCACUCGGUACGGGACGUUAUGAAACUGCUGGGAAAAGUAAUGCGACGCACACAAGCCUGAAAGCAAAAAUCACGAAUGUGAUCAGCAGUGCAACAGACACGGAAGAGGUUCACAAAACACUUGAUGCCCUGUUGCCACCAGAUACUUAUUUCCGCUUCAAUCCUGUAAUGACUGAAGACAUAAUGCUGGAUGAAAACCGCAAAGAAAAACUCUCUCAACUACAGAUGGAUGGCAUGCUUUAUUUACAGAGAAACGAAGAAAAAUUGAAGAAAGCUGCUAAAGUAUUGGCAUUAGAAAAAACAACAGUACAACAGAUCUGUGACUGGGUUAAAUUAAAAAGAGACAUGUAUGACGGCCUUCCACCCUUUUCAAAACUGUAACUUAUAAAUCAUAUUGUCAAAGAAAGUUUUACACUUGUGGUCUCUAACACACAUACCUGUGUUGCAUUUAACGCUUCUUUGGUAGCAAGAGUUAAAGGGAUUAUUAUAGACACUGUAUUUAUUCCAGGAAAUCUUUCCACUGAAAGAGAUGUGUAUUAUUGAAAACAGUUUGAUCUGUUAAACAUUAUAUUUUGACAAUGGAAUGUAAAUAUUGUGAAUAUUAUCCUGAUUUUUAUUCUGUUUUUAUUGGCCAAGUGAACUCAUUGGAUGCAACCUUACAUCUAAUUAUUUAUUUAGGGCACACUAUCAAUUAAAGUUUGAAGCAUCACUUAGCAGUUAUCAAGAACAACAUAUUCCGUCCUCACUAAUAGUAUUUAUACCUAAACAAGAUGUGCUCUUAAAAUAUAUUUUAAAUGUUUAAACAUGAAACAA